CUCCCCGUGAUGUCAGCGGAAUCCUGAGCUGGAGUGAAGGGAAAGGCCCAGGAUCUCCCGCUAGAGGGGCCCCGAUGGGGUGGACCCAGGGGUGGCUGCCCGGGGCCGGAGCACCAGCCUCGCGUCCCCGGGCGCCGCCCCCGUGUCCCGCCCGCGCCACGCUCCGCCCCGGUCGCCGCUCGUCCCGCGUGGGAGCCGACCCGGCUCAGCCUGAUUUACGGCUCUGCUGAAAACCGCUCGCACGGCUCCCGCAGCAUCAGCACCGGCGGCUGCAGCGGCAGCAACAAGUCCGGACUUUCAGAGUGAUGCAACAGACGACUUUUGAGGAAAGCCGGUACCAUUGGCAGGACUCGCUGGAGAAUGUCGCUGUGUGCCUGCCAUUCCGCUGCCCGAGGUGUGGAGACCAUACCAGAUUUAGAAGCUUGUCAUCCUUGAGGGCCCAUCUGGAAUUCAGUCACAGCUACGAAGAGCGGACCCUCCUGACAAAAUGCAGCCUCCUGCCCUCUCUCAAGGACACAGAGCUUCUCAGGUCCUCGGAACUCCCGAAGCAGGGAAAAGUACUCCGGGGCCACGCAAAGGUGACCAAGCAGAAGUCGAGCUAUGUUAACUUGUACAGCAUCUCCCACGGGCACUCCAAGGACACGAAACCCUUUGAGAUGGUGGCAGAGAGGCCCGUGUCCUAUGUGCAGACCUACACGGCCGUGGACAUCCGGGCUGACUCUCUGGAUGCUCCCUGCGCCAGCCCUGGUCUCCCCACCCAAGAUACCAAAGCUGCUUUCGAGGCUCACGUCCGAGAAAAGUUCAAUCGCAUGGUAGAGGCCGUGGACAGGACCAUCGAGAAGAGAAUCGACAAACUCACCAAAGAGUUGGCCCAGAAAACCGCCGAACUGUUGGAAGUCCGGGCAGCCUUUGCGCAGCUGACUCAGAAGAAGCAGGAGGUCCAGAGGAGAGAGCGGGCCCUGAACAAACAGGUAGAUGUGGCCGUGGAAAUGAUCGCAGUGCUGAAGCAGCGUCUGACGGAAUCCGAGGAGGAGCUCCUGAGGAAAGAGGAAGAAGUCGUCACAUUCAACCAUUUCCUGGAGGCAGCGGCUGAGAAGGAGGUUCAAGGAAAAGCGAGGCUCCAGGACUUUAUUGAAAAUCUGCUGCAACGGGUAGAAUUGGCGGAGAAGCAGUUGGAAUAUUAUCAAAGCCAGCAAGCCUCCGGUUUUAGCUGUGACACUAGUGAGCAUAUGCUCACAGACAUCCCAUCGAACAGGAAGCCCAGAUGCCUAAGCCGAGGGCACCAGCAUUCUGUUUGCAACCAUCCUGAGAUGAGGGCCCAUUUCCAUCUGAAGGGGAGAAGCUACCUGAAGAAAGCCAAGGAUGAGCGAGCCGGGAUGCAGCCCGCCAAGGCCAUUCACGAACCGGCUGAGUCUCCAAGAGAAUUCUUCAGACCAGCCAAGAAAGGGGAACACCUGGGUCUGAGCCGGAAAGGGAAUUUCAGGCCCAAAAUGGCUAAAAAGAAGCCUACAGCAAUCGUGAAUAUCAUCUAGAGCUUGGGUGGCUCGGAAGCAUCACCACGGGGCUUACCAAAUGAUGUUCCAGAGUCCAACAGCGUUGUCCUUUUGGACAUGUAGCCGUAGGAACGCAGGGAACACAACAAACAGGGUCACUCUGAUUAACCAGAAUGUAAAACAACCGGUUUCAGGAAACACGAGCGGGUAACUUCUUAAAUAAUUGGGCCAGUUUCUCGCAGACCUGGCACCCGGGGUUCCUCUACCCAGUGCCCAUUAGUACGUGGGCCUCACAAGAUGCCAGACUCUGGUAUCCACUGCUCUCUGAAUUAUGAGGCAAGGAAUGUGACUGUGAAGUUCUUCUACUUUAAAGAAAAAUAGUAUUUUUUGGUGUUCUGAGACAGGGCCUUGUUAUGCUAUGUAGUCCUGGCUGGCUUGGAGCUUUAUAUAUAUAUACCAGGCUAGCUUUGAACUUGCAGCAAUCCUCCUGCCUCUGCCUCCUGAGUGCACAGGUGUGCGCUACCACACCCAGCUGGGAGUGUAAAGUUCUUACCAAGAGCAGUGAAAUAAAAGCAGAGCUUUUGUGGUUUGCGUGUAGACGCCCUUUGAUACAUUUGAAAGUCUCUACGGUAGAGGUUCGUUCCUGUUACCCUUGAGGAUUCUGGUUAAUCAAGAUUUUAAUCUCCGUGUGGGUUACAGGCCGUGUUUAGUUAGACCUCGGUUCUCACUUUGCCAGGUGGCUUUUGGGGUUGUUUGAUUCACAUCUGGGUCCUCCAGGGCCUAUUUAUUCAGGUCUGGGUGCACCCCUCCUGCCUUCUUUGGCAAAGCACGCUGCACCCCCAAGAGCUGUCUACCGGCCUCUGCAGAGAUAGCUGCUAAAACCCUUGGGGUCAGCAGCAUCUUUGAUGUGGUGCCCAAAAUGCUUGAUGUGCUAGAGGGGGGCACACUCAGUGUACCAUGGCCAUCCUGGCCAUGCUGUGGGCACGCCCACCAUUCUUCUCCCACCGGCUACUCUGGAAGGCUUGCUACCGGUUACCUGUGAGCAUGCUCUUUGCUAACUUCCGUUUCAACCCGGAAGCUCACUUUGCCUCCUCUUGCUUCUUUAGCCGGUGUACACUUGACCCCCUCCCAGCCACACCUCUGGGGUGUUCAUUGUGCAGUGCAUUCUAUUGUAAUUUCAGAUGAUAAAGAAUGCAUGCGGACUAUGACCUGUGAUACUACCCUCCCCAAAUGACACUGUUCCUAUUAAAGAAAAAAAAAACUUUAAAAAAUCUCCUGGUUUAAAAUUUUCUUCCAGAAGGAAUUUAUAUAUUUUUUUCCUUAAAUUAAGCAACACCAUCAGGUCUCUAGAGUGUAUUUGUGCUGACAUUCUUUCUAAAACAGGAAUAAUGUUGUCCAUAAGUAUAUACAUAUAUAUAUUACAUACGCUAUAUAUAUGUCAAGUAUAUGAAUAGUUUAUUUUUAAAUACUCCUGGAGAAAGUGUGUGUUUGUGGUGGGUGGCUUUAAAACUAUAUAGCUUUGUUUCUGUAAAUCAAAUUCCUUUACUUUAAAAAUUAAGAUUGUAACCUGACUAACACUUGUAGAAUUAUUGUUAUUGCAACAAGCAUCUGAUUAGCGUAUUACAUUAAAAUAGAUAAUAAAGCAGUUCCUUGGGAUGACAAUAAAUUGAAAAGGAUAACUCAUCGUUUUCAGAUACUUUGAACCUGUCCUUGUGGAGGAGAGGUUUCUGUGUGAGUCUUCACUGACUUCCGGCCUAUGGGAGCAGAUCUUCUGUGUGGUGUGCAGGCAGAUUCCAAGUUGGGGAAAGAAACAGCUGCGUAUCAUAUCACUGUUGAGGCUGACGUUGUGAAAGCUGUAAUGUUAUUAUUUAUCUGGAUAAGAAAUCUCCGCCAUAGUUAUUUAUUGUUGAUGUUUAUAUCAUGGUUGCACUUUUGCUUUGUCCACACUGAAAACGUGACUUGCUGAUUGUAUCGCAUGCUCCCCGUCCUGUAGUGUGUGCAGUAACAACACCUCAGCUUUGACAAACAUAUGGACAGAUUUGUUUCCUCUUUUAUUUAAAGUAAGUCAUUUUUUGGUGUUCCUUUAAAGAGCCUAGAAGGAAGGACAGCCCUCUUUGACAGUGGUCCAUGCUCGUCUUUGGAUAUAACCUUGUACUCUAUAUACACUACUCAAGACAAAUAGUUUUAAGAUUGACUUACUGAAUUUAAAAACAUCUUUUAAGUUUCAGCUGCAUUCUGAUCCCCAUAGAAGGAAAUGUGUUAAGUAUAACAGACUCCCUAAAGACAUAAAUCUGCUGUUGAAGUAUGGGAGCUGUUUUAACGGAAGGAUCAUUCACCUACAUCAUGGCUAAGUUCCAUUUAUAUGUCAUCUACACACACACACACACACACACACACACACACACACGCUCUCGAGUCCCCUCAGGCAAUCGACCUUAGAUUUGAAGCAGUGACUUUUUAAACAAAUCACCAAAGUUUCUGGGAAACUGUUAUCAAGAAUUAACUGAGGUAUACAUUGAAUUUUAUUAUUUAUUUUGUAAGGGGAAAAGAUCUUCAUUUGAACUGUUGUGUCAAUGCCCCACCCUCUCCCCAAACUAUAACAGAUUCUUAUGUGUAAGUGCGGCUUGCUUGGAAGCUGUAUUCCAGUAUGCUGCAGGGCCAGUCAAAUGUAUAGAUGUUAGAGUAUUUCUGUUCCCAGGAUGGAAAAAAAGAGAAGUUUUUAGAUUAUGAAAUACUAUGAUAAUAAAGCUAUAUUUCUGACUAA